AAAUGACUUUCCUUUCCUUUCUUCUAUUUUCUUUCUGUUUCCCGAGAAAAUCUCAUACCUCUACAUUCCUGCUAAAUUCACCAUUUUCUCUUCACUCACACCAACCAACAUCAAAGGUGUUACUUUUGAAAGGGUAUAGUGAUUUUUAUUUGAGAAAUUGCAAGAUGAAUGAUGGUAGACAAAUGGGGGUGCAUUACAUGGAUGGUGGUGGAUUUCCUUAUGGUGUUAAUGAAAGCUUUGUGGAUUUCUUUCAAGGCAUUAAUCAUGUUCCUGUCAAUUAUGCCUUUCCUGGCUCAAUGCCUGAUCAGGAUGGUGUCUACUGGUCAAUGAACAUGAAUCCCUAUAAGUUUGGAAUGUCUGGCCCUGGAAGUACAUCUUAUUAUAGUUCUUAUGAGGUAAACGAUCAUUUGCCGAGAAUGGAGAACAAUCGGGCCGAGUGGGAAUACCCUUCUGAAAUGAUCUCGGAGGAACCGGCUACAUCAGAUUCUCCACUUAGAAGAGAUGGAGUUAGCAUGCAGACUAUCCCCGAAGAAUGUAGUCCGAAUCAUCAUGAGUCCAGUAGUAGUAGCCAGGUUAUAUGGCAAGACAAUAUUGAUCCUGACAAUAUGACUUAUGAGUUACAGGAACUAUUGGACCUAGGGGAGGCAGUUGGAACUCAAAGCCGAGGUCUUUCACAAGAACUUAUCGAUAUGCUUCCGACCUCGAAGUACAAAUUUGGUAGCUUAUUCAAAAGAAAAAAUUCCGGGAAAAGGUGUGUAAUUUGCCAGAUGACAUAUAGAAGAGGUGACCAGCAAAUGAAAUUGCCAUGCAGUCAUGUUUAUCAUGGUGAAUGCAUUACCAAAUGGCUUAGCAUUAACAAGAAAUGUCCGGUUUGCAACACUGAGGUUUUUGGCGAGGAAUCAACGCAGUAGUAUCGGCAUGGCGAAAAGGAGCUCUCUUGCGCUCUUUUAAUUUUUGCUUCACAUCCAUCUCUCUCUCUCUCUCUCUCUCUCUCUCUCUCUCUCUCUUCUUUUAGUUUCUUACACGUAGGUAGGUGUAGUAUGAAAAACUGUAGCACUUUUCACAUGAUACAUGUUUUGUUUGAUAGAAACAUUUCAACAACAUAACAAUGGUUAAUGUGUGAUAUUCUCUUAGCUUUGUGUCUACUCACUCCCCUUUGGUGUUUGGUAUUGACAAAUCUGCCUCUUACAUAUUGCUUUUCAAAGAUGGAUAUGAUGGACUGAAAAAUGAAAUAUGUAUGGAAGAGGGGUGAUUUUAGUGUUUGAUAUUGUUCCUAAUA